AUGGAGUCUGAUAUAGAUCCCAGGUUUCUCGACGACGAGGGUGACGUCUGCCGAGUAUGUCGAACCGGCGCCGAGGAAGACUUGCCACUCGUCUAUCCCUGCAAAUGCUCAGGCUCAGUCAGAUAUGUCCACCCGGACUGCCUGAAACAAUGGGUCGCCCAGAGCCAAAAGAAGCACUGCGAAAUAUGUGGUCACAAAUACACGUUCACAAAAGUGUUCCCAUCCGAGCUCCCCUCGACCAUACCGCCAACCGUCUAUGCCCGUCAAGCGCUGCUAUGGGUCCGGCGGCAGAUCCUUUUCGUUCUCCGCAUGUGGCUCGUCAUCAUCACUUGGCUCGUAGCCCUUCCGGCUACAAAUAUGACAGUACUAGUGGCUAUGAAUUACGCGACUGACCAUAUCGGUGAUAGUCCGCAAUCUUUGUCCAUUAAUGCCACCACUACCGACAAUUCAACCACGUCUUCAGCCAACUUCUCCUCCACCGUCACCAGUAUUCUCCUGAAUCCCUACUCUACCGCCUACCAUUUCGGCAAAGACUCUUACGAGAGCUGGUUGAAGGGGGACGAAAAUACUUCCAUCGGUUACGUUCUCCGUGGCCAAAUCCUCUCCCUUUCUCUCGCCGCCGUCCUCAUCGGCCUCGUCCUACUCCGUGAAUGGGUCCAGCAGCACAACUGGGCCGAAGCAGAGCAACCUCCGAGACACGUCGAACCCGAUAUAGACCCGGAGGAAUGGUUCGUCAUCAACGGUGUUGCUCGUCGUCAGUCAGAAAUGAUCUCUCGGGUGCUUGAGACGCUUCGCGGCUCCAAUAAUGGAGAUAACACAGGACCCUUUUUCCCUGAUACCGAUGCCGGACACAGAGAUAGGGCAGAAUGGUGGGCCAACAGGAGGCAAUGGGUCAUGGCGCUGCCCGAACCUGAGCGAACUACUUUGCUGGCUAUCGUGGAGGUGAUGGAGAGGCAGCACCGUGGAGAGAUACCGCUAGGUGACGACGAACUCGAAGAUGAAGAAUCAGACGAUGAGGGUCUACACGACCAACUUCAAGUCGCUCAAAAUGUCCCCAUCCCUCAGACUCCUCAAGAAGCUCUUUUCGCCGAUGAGACCUUUAUUCCCAACGACGGUAACAAUGCCGAAGGCUUGCUCAGCUUCAGCGAGUACAUAGCUUUGAGAAGAGUCAACGAGGGAAAGGCUCCAACGACAGACCCCGCAUCAUCCGACGAUUCCUCGGAGGACGAAAUCCGAUACGACAAUGCUAUGACGGCUGAGCAAGCCGAUCAAGACGGACCGAGUAGAAAGAGGAAAGCAGAUGAUGUUGGGUUUGACGAUGAGGCCGCACGUCCUCGAGAAAACAUCACAGACGCACUCGCCGAGUAUCGCCGAGUGCAUACUCAGCGUGAGCAGGCGCAAGCACACGACGAUGAGGAGCAGGAUGACCUUCUGCAGGCUCCUUUCAGGCCUGCUUGGAGCAGACAGGCCAGCGGGGACAAGGCUCAGGAUCAAAGGGAGCGAGUGGCGUAUAGAGCCCCGGAACUCUUGCGAAACCAGAGCGAUCAAGAUCAGGGAACUGCCGAAGGAUCGGGUCAGAACGGUUAUGAAGCUCAGCCUAUACAUCCUCAGCCGCCUCAACCUCUGUUUGAUGGGUUUGGUAACGACGGUGAAGGGGACGAAGAUGAGGAUGACGAUUGGGAAGACGAGCCUGAUGAUCGUGGCCGCCUUGAGGCAGGCAACGAGUUUGACCUCCUCCUUGACGCCGUUCCUCAAGCUCCUGGGCCAGUCGUCAAUGGUCAGCCCGCUGCCCUCGCUCAGAUCCCCGGCCUGGAUCUCGGUGUCCGAGUCCUUGGGGCCAACGGCGAGCCUAUUCAUCUUCCUCCUGGGAAUGUGCAGGUUGUACCACCUCAGGAUGUAGCAUUCGGGGAUGAAGAAGAGGACAUGUGGGACCCGGAAGAUUGGAAUGGUAUCUUGGAGGUCGUUGGAUUGACCGGACCUAUGGCUGGACUGUACCAAAACUUCAUGUUUGCUUUCAUCAUAAUGGGUGGCGCUAUUGUCAUUCUGGUCGGCCUUCCAAUGUUGAUCGGCAAGCUCUGCCUGUCUCUCGACAUCAUCCGCUCGAUUUUGUCCAUCUGUGGCCGUGUCAUUCAUCUGGUGCGCAAGGUCACCGACCCCGUUGUUGACAUUGUCUUUGAGAUUGUCAAAGACGUUGUCUUGCUUCCUUUGCUCAACUCGGGCAAAGCUGCGGAGAAAAUCUUGGCCAAAAAGCUGGGUCUGCAAGUGAGCUCACGGUUUGGCUCGCAAGGCCUCUCAGGUUUGCCCUCAGUUCCUUCAACAUCAUCGCCUAUGGUCCAAAAGCUAGGCGACCAUCUCGCAGCUCUCGGCCAGUACUCGUACGACAUCUAUGAGUCUGUCAUGACCUUCCAGCGAGAGAUCGGCACCCGACAGACCGUCUCUGGCAGGGCAGCUUGCGUCGGCGCCGGCUACGGUCUUGUUGCCGAAGUCGUAGCUGUCAUCGCUAUUGCUGGCGAGGCUGGUAUCGGUGGUGUAGCGGGAGACAUGGCAGCUACGAUCAAAGAACACACCAACUUUAUCAAGGUUGCCAUGUUUAUGGUUCUCGAGCUCGUUGCUUUCCCUCUGGGCGUUGGAUUCAUGAUCGAUCUUUCGAUCGUCCCACUGUUCCCUGGCGCGACCGCCAUGUCGAGGGUGCACGCCUUGAGGACAUCUCCUUUCGCCUCUUCCUUCAUUGACUGGAUUGUGGGCUCGAUGUUCAUGUUUUCCUUCUCGAGCUUGCUGAGCCAAGUGAGAAAGGUGACCAGGCGCGGUACAAUGUUCUUCAUCCGAGACCCCGGAGACCCGUCUUUCUCACCGGUCAAAGAUAUCGUGGAGAAGACCACGAUGCACCAGCUCAAAAAGCUGGGGACGUCGGUGCUCAUGUACAGCUUGGUCAUCUUUGGAAUGUUCGGAGUCUUCCCCUGGGCAUUGUCAUUCUUGCCGGGUGGGUUAUUACCGUUGAAGAUGGAGCCAAAUUAUCCCUUGUCGUCAAUCCCCUUCGACCUUCUCUUCUUGCACCUGAUGUUGCCGCCUUCCGUUGAUCUUUUCCAACCCCGGCUUCGCGCCAAACGACUCUUCAAGUUGUGGUGGAAGAAGACGACUACUCAAUUCCGCCUGACCAACUUUGUCAAUGUUGCACCGCACCCCGACGAGAGAACAGCACCCUUGACGGUAGCCGAGAAGACCCUCUGGCCCAUGUGGGAUGUCGUUUGUCAGCUGGCGUUUGGCAAAUACGACAACAAGGAGACAAUGGCUCGAGUCCCGGCCAGCGACUCUGUAGUCUUGGUGCCCGUUGAAGAGCGUCGAGUCGAGGGAGGUGUCUUCAUCCCCCUCGAUAGUAAGGGUGUUCCCGAGAACCCUCAGGACAAGUUACGCUUGCUCAAGCAAGACAAGCUUUCCCGAGAGGCUGGUAGGCUACCUAUGAGCGACUACGGGAUUGUCUGGUUGCCGCAGUACUGGAGAACCAGGAUCCACAUGUUUUUGGCUACAGCUUUGGCCAGCAUAUCAGUGGUGAUUGCUUCGGCGACAUUCAUACCCAUUAUCAUUGGGCGGAUGGCUUGGAAGUGGUCUGGAUUUGAGGUUCAUGACGGAUACAGCUGGUUCCUCGGAGCAUACAUAGCCUAUGCAGCUUACGCUCUCGGACGUCAAGCUCGCAAGUACAUCAACAGCUUGAACCGUGCCGACCGUCUUCGACAAUCCAUCUUUUCUCGACGCGUCAAGCGGACUGUCCGACGUUAUUGUGCGGGGGCGUUUGGCGUGUCUAUGAUGUACGGUCUUGUGCCGGUACUUGUCGGUGCUGUCUUGGAGUCGUACUUGGGCGUCUUCUUUGGAGACAAACAUCUUCCCGGCAGGGUCGUCCAUUUCUGGGACAUUUGGGCUUUGGGCACGGCUGCGUCUUCGCUAUUGACGGGAGUCAUCCUUGUCGUCAAUCGUCUGGGGCGCUUCGACUCUCUGUCUGCUAUUGCAACUCAAUUCCGAGAGCCCGCCGCGAAAGACUUUUCCUCCACGGCGAGCAACAUUAAAACUCCAGUGCUAGUCUGCAUCUCGGCUAUUGCCUUGCCCUACGCUAUCGGAAUUUCUUCCCUGAUGGUCCUCCCGCCCGAUGUCAACAUGGAUGAGAAUAAUGCUUUCCUGUUCCGUUGUGUCAUCAUUCCCAUCUCUUUCGCCUUCCUUCUCAUUACAUCCUUCAGCCAAUACCUCGUGUCAGAGAGGGAAACCAUCCGACAGAAGGUUCUUGAAGCUGAAUAUGUUCUCGAGGAGAGGGUAGAGAAUUAUGAGCCAGGGAGCGAAGAGUCUAGUGCCGAAGAAAGGAAUCCUUUGGAUGCUGCGGACCUUCCUCCAGAUAUCCGACUGCAGCUUGAAAGAUAUCAGCAAGCUGUGGCAGCCGAGCCUCCGCGGGUACUCAACAGGGGUGAUGUGGAGAUUGAGGACGGAUCAGAUGAGGGCGAGAACUGGGAGGAUUUAUAG